ACUAAGGUCACCAAGGUGCCAAAGACAACUCCCGGAUCUCUGAGCACAAGCCCAUCAUUUGGAACCACCUCCACUAGCCAAAAAACAGCUUUCAGCCCCCUUACUUCAGGCACAACCAUGGCCACAUUAGCUACAGAGUGCCAGCCUAGGUGCGUGUGGACAGACUGGUUUGAUCAGAGCUACCCGAUUCCUGGAAAAGAUGGUGGAGACUUUGAAACCUAUGACAACAUCCGGGCUGCAGGGGAAACCAUCUGUGCGAAGCCUCGGGAAAUCCAGUGCCGAGCAGAGAACUACUUUGGCAUGCCCAUCGACCAACUGGGACAAGUGGUUGAAUGCAAUGUGGACAUUGGUCUAGUCUGCAGGAACCAGGACCAGGCUGGCCCCACAAAAUACUGCUUGAACUAUCACAUCAGGGUGCUCUGCUGUGAUGACUACAGCCCCUGUGUCUCUAUCUCUGUGCCUUCCCAUUCAAGAACUACACAUGUGAGCAGGCCUACUUUGCAGACAUCCACCAUCUCUACCUUCUCCACUUCUGUAUCCAUCCCUCCUGUGUCACAGACAUCGCCAGUACCCUCCACCUUCACAACGCCAUGCUUCUGCUUUGUGGUCGGAGACCUGUUUUCUCCGGGUGAUGUUAUUUACAACAAGACAGACAAAGCUGGGUGUAGUUUUUUUGCCAUUUGCAAUCAACAAUGUGAAAUAGAACGAUUUCAUGGGCCAUGUCCAACUCCAACAUCAUCAGUACCCUCAUCAACUGUCUCACAAACCAUUCCUCCUCCAGGUUGCUAUGAUGUCUUUCCAUCAAGACAGCCUGGAGAGCAAUGGACUAGUAAUUGCCAAGACUGCAUCUGUGACAACAACUCACUCACAGUACAGUGUAGACCUGUUCAGUGCCUGGAGUCCACAACAGCCCCCAAGUGCCAAAAGGAGGGCUUUGUCAUUGUCUACGAGCCCCAGACAGAGGAUCCGUGCUGCAUGGAGGCACGCUGUGUCUGCAACCAGUCCAGCUGCCCUCAAGAUCGACCGAGCUGUAAGCCACAAGAAGAGGUGUUUAGCAUCCUGCCUACAGACAGCUGCUGUCCUGUCUUUGGGUGCAAAGAGAGAAUGUGUGAGCAAAAUGGGACCACCUAUGGGAUUGGGUCAACAGUGCCAUCAGAGCAGCCCUGCCACACCUGUACCUGUCGCGUCGAGGUGAACCCGGACACCAACAGCAUGGUGUGGUGUGAGGCUGAGCAAUGCUCCAUUGCCUGUGCCCCGGACCAGGAGUACAAGGUCCUACCAGGGCAGUGCUGUGGGCAAUGUGUGCCAGCAACCUGCAUCACUCCAGAUGGAAAGCGGAUUAAGUUCAAUGAGACCUGGGUCGACACCAGUGCAGACAACUGUACAGAAUACCGCUGUGAGAAAGUGGACAAGCAGACCAUCGUGUCUCGGAGACCAACCGAGUGCCCAGACAUGCCGGUGUGCAAGGGAGUCCUCAGGAAAGCCGGCUGCUGCUAUGAAUGCGAGGAGAUUGAGGAAGAUUGUCGGGUUCAGUCCAAUGAAACGCUUCUCCAGUAUGAGGGCUGUGUGUCAGAGACAGCCGUCAAUCUCACCUUCUGUGCAGGGUCCUGCAACUCCAUGUCCAUGUAUUCUCUGGAGGCUAAUGAGAUUCAGAGGAAAUGUACCUGCUGCCAGGAGACUCAGACGCACCAGGAAGAGGUGAAGAUGAAGUGUCCUGAUGGCAGGGAGAUACAGCGCAUGUACACACAUGUGGAUGCCUGCAGCUGCACGUCUGCCUGCCUGCCCUCCCACUCUGAUGUCGUCACCCGUUAGACAAGCCUCAUGCCUCCAGGAGAGAACCCUCCAGCUUUCUUCUCAGAAUCUUGGGAGGAGUCCUCACCAUGCUGGAGGGGGAUGGAGGGAGGACACUGAAUCUGAAUCAGAGCCCAGCAUGGAAAGAGACUCUUUCCUAAGCCCAGGAAACUUUGCCUUCUUUGCCUCCUUGCUCUGCAACAGUCUCUCCAGCAGCCCCAGAUUCUUCCUGAGCCCUCCAUAGGUCAGAGGUCAGUAGGAAGGGAAGGCUUGAGAGUCCUGGGGUCCUUCCCUGACUGGCUAAGCACCUUGUGGAGAGGGUCUAGUGGAUACAAUGAGGCUCCAGGUUCUUGUCCCAAAGAGAGACUAGGGGCCCCUAAGCUAAUAGCUAGAGACUGCAGGCUCCUUGAGAGCAGGGACUGUCUUUUGUCUCUCUUUGUAUCCCCAGUGAUUAGUACAUUGCCUGGAAUGUUGAAGGCACUUAAUAAAUGCUUGUUGGCUACCUAACAGGAGAGCUGCAAGUACUUAAAGACGAUAAGAGUGGCCAUGGACCUCCAGCCCCAGACUUACUCACCUUGCCAAAGUGAGACUGCUCACACUCCCUGGUGCUAUCCAAGGUCCUUAGCAGCCUUGCCAUUCAUUGUUCCAGAAGGAAUCCCAUAGGACUAGACAUGCUCAGUAAGAUGCUAGCUUGCUCCCUCCCAGAUUCUGGUGGGGGAAGGGGCUUUUCCUCUUCAGCAAAUGUUUCUUUCCUCAAGUGGUGGGUAGCAGUGCUGCCUCCCUAUUUCUGACUCCUUGGUCCUAACUCCAUGCAGACAAGGGUGGAGUCAAGGGUAAGGAGUAGCAUGCCGGAAGGCAUAAAGGUAGAGAGGGGAUUUAUCUCCUCAUCUGACAAGAGAAGAAACUGAGGCAUGGGGGGAGGGGAGACAGAUGCAGGCAACCUCCUUGGGCUCUUAUGACUUACCUGUUCCUUAGGGAUUCAAUAAUAAAC